UGUGCAUUAAGAUCCUGCAGACACUCCGAGAGAUGCUGGACAAGAAGAAGGCCUUUGAUGAGCCUGGAAACGUGUUAAGGAAGAUUCUCCUCACUCGCUACUUUGGAAAUCAAAGGCUUCACUCCAAAUCAGAGUUUGGGAGCGGGAACAGCUCAGCUGGAGGUGGCUCUUUGGUGCAGGACUCUGACAAGUUGAGCAGCAGCAUGGUAGAUAUCCAGUGUCUGCUGGACAGUGAGGGAGCCUCAGAGUUGGUCAUAGACCUUAUCGUCAGCACCAAGAAUGACUGCAUGUUCGAGGAGAGCAUCCUGCUAGGCAACGCCCUGCUCCAGGGGGAAACACUCAGAUACAGAACUCGUUCUACCACCAGCUGCACAAGCAGAAGAAGUCGGAGCACUUCUUCCAAGGUGUUCUACGACCGCAUGCGUCUGGCCCAGCAGGAGAUCCGGGCCACUGUGUCCGUCAACAUGUUCAUGUCGGCACCUGCAGAAGAGAGACGAGGACGUCGACUAUCACUGACCCAGUAG